AUGCCGAUCAGAAACAUCGCCGUAGGCCACUACCAGGAGGCAACUCAGCCCGAUGCCUUGAAGGCAGGCUUGGCUGAGUUCAUCUCCACCCUUAUUUUUGUCUUUGCCGGUGAAGGGUCCGGCAUGGCCUUCUCCAAACUGACCGCCGGUGCUGCCAACACACCCGCUGGACUCAUCGCCGCAGCUAUAGCCCAUGCUUUCGCUCUUUUUGUCGCUGUUUCUGUUGGCGCCAACAUCUCCGGUGGCCAUGUCAACCCUGCUGUUACUUUCGGUGCUUUUAUCGGUGGCAACAUCACCCUCUUCCGUGGCAUCCUUUACUGGAUCGCUCAGCUCCUUGGCUCCACUGUCGCUUGCUUGCUUCUCAAGUUCGCUACCGGUGGCUUGGAAACCGCUCCUUUCGUUUUGUCCUCUGGCGUUGGUGUAUGGAACGCCUUCGUUCUUGAGAUCGUGAUGACCUUUGGACUUGUAUACACAGUAUAUGCCACAGCUCUUGACCCAAAGAAGGGAAACUUGGGAAUCAUUGCGCCAAUUGCAAUUGGUUUUAUUGUGGGUGCUAACAUUUUGGUUGGAGGUGCCUUUGAUGGAGCCUCAAUGAACCCAGCUGUGUCUUUCGGCCCCGCUUUGGUGAGCUGGAGCUGGAAUAACCACUGGGUCUACUGGGCUGGACCUCUGAUUGGUGGUGGACUUGCCGGGCUUGUCUAUGAGUUCUUCUUCAUCGGCUUUGGCACCCACGAGCAGUUGCCAACCACUGACUACUAA